GAAUCUUAGGGGGUUUGCGCGUUUUUCUGGUGACUGGCAUUGGCCGUAGGAUGAAUCCUCCCACAGCCGGCUCCGUCUCUGAGCGCGUCGGUGCAGUGAGAGGAGCCCACCGGCUUGGACCACAUCAGAGCAGCGGAGCUCCGGUCUGGACGCGGGCCAAGCCUGUCUGGUGUCAAACCAGCCUGAACAGAUACUCUCAGACAUCUCAUUUCUUCACCUCAUUCCUGAGACGGGACUGCCCACCCCCUGUGAAAAGCAAUUUGAACCUGAUAGCACAUCAUCUGCCUAUCUCCUCUGAAAAUCUCUGCUGGACUAUUAAGACAGACGCUCCUCACUUUUUCCUCAUAAGCACUUUGCCACCGUGUAGAACCGGAGCCAGACAUGGCUUUUACGCGCAAAUCGUCUGUCUUCCGACUGUCCUGUUAUAUAUUUUUUUGAACAAGCUUGAAUUCGCGAUAUCUGAUUUCUCUGUUCUCUAUUUUUCUUUGAUCCGUGGAAAUGUUCCAUCCAGAUCCAUAAAAGACCAAAGUUUGGUUAAUAUGAACUUAUUGCCAAGUGGAAUAUGUUUUUAUUUAUCUGUAGCAAUCUGCUGGCUGACGGCCGAGGUCGAUGCGUCCUGGUGGUACAUGGGGACCCUGGGCUCCCAGGUUAUGUGCGACAACAUUCCCGGUCUGGUGAACAAGCAGCGGCAGCUGUGCCGACAGCAUCCCAAAGUGAUGCAGGCCAUCGGUGCCGGGAUGAAGGACUGGAUCUCAGAGUGCCAGCACCAGUUCCGCAACCACCGCUGGAACUGCAACACUACAGUGCGGGACCACAACCUGUUUGGACGGCUGCUGCUACGCAGCAGCCGUGAGGUGGCCUUUGUCUAUGCCAUCUCCUCGGCUGGGGUGGUUUACACGUUGGCACGAGCCUGCAGCCAAGGGGACUUAGACUCCUGCUCCUGUGACCCCUCUAAGAAGGGCUCGUCGCGGGACUCCAAGGGCUCCUUUGACUGGGGUGGCUGCAGUGACCACGUGGAGCACGCCAUGCGCUUCAGCCAAACCUUUGUGGACGCCAAGGAGAGGAAGGAGAGAGAUGCCCGGGCGCUUAUGAACUUGCACAACAACAGAGCUGGCAGGAAGGCAGUGAAGCGCUUCAUGACACUGGAGUGUAAAUGCCACGGCGUCAGCGGGUCGUGCAGCAUCAGGACCUGCUGGUUGGCCAUGGCGGACUUUCGACGCACUGGCGACCACCUACGGAAGAGGUACAACGGUGCCGUGCAGGUCGCUGUAAACCAGUAUGGCACUGGGUUCACUGCCGCACACACUCACUUCAAACGUCCAAGCAAGAAUGACCUGGUCUACUUUGAGGACUCACCAGACUACUGCAUACGGGACCAUGAGUCAGGGUCGAUGGGGACAGGAGGCCGAAUCUGCAACCGGACGUCUCGUGGAAUGGACGGCUGCGAGGUGAUGUGUUGCGGCCGAGGCUACGACACGUCACGCGUCAGUCGCACCACCAAGUGCGAAUGCAAGUUCCACUGGUGCUGCGCCGUCCACUGCCGCGACUGCCAGCAGCAGGUGGACGUGCACACCUGUAAGAGCCAGACGUGACCUGGCUGCCCCCUCAGACCACUACUGACCUUUAACCAGCAGUUUUACUUAGAACCCAAACUACUGCUUUCUGCUGAGCUACACAAUUCAUCAUCCUGUUCUGACAAUCAGGAGUCCAUCUUUAGCAAUAACCCCUCAUUUCUGUGGCGUCAAUCAAACAGUAGGUACAGUACUCGCAGUGGUAAGUCUUCUCCUGCUUAAUCCAAACCAGAUGAGAACUUCUGUUUCCUCAAGGAUGUGGCCUUCCAAGAGCUUUCACACUCUAAGAAACUAUUGACUGUUGAUAGAUUGAAUGACUCAACACUAGUGAGCUGUGUUGCUUUAAAAAUAGAUCUAUUCAAACCUGGUUUUCAAAGGUGGAGAGUUUGAAAAGUUUUGUUCAGGCAGACAUUUCUUCUUAAAAGCCGCUUCAGGUUCCUGCUGACCAACAGCACAAACAGAGACUGAAAGAAUCAGCUUUACUGUUUGAUGUGGAGGCUCAUGUUGAGAUGGUUUGGAGGUGACUGCAGCCUGAGCAACAAUUACACAGGAAUAGCUUAACCAUCACCAUAGUAAUCUAUUUACUGUCAUCCAAAGCUGUAAAUGCUCUGGUCCAGGCAGUCAUGUGGCUGGUUGUGAGUUUGUAGGGUUUACAACAGAGAAAGAAGUCUAACCUGUCCAAUUGACUCUGGAUGUCACACAUUGACUCAUAUUUAACACAGAGAGCUUCCUGCAAGAACAUUUUGGGAUUCUAGUCUUAAACCUCUAUUUUCUUUAGCAAUGUUUAAGUUUUUUGCCCUUUUGUUUUCUUUAUUAGGGAGGUUAGUAGAGAGGCAGUCAGGAAAGUAGGGAGAAGAAGACCUGCAGCAAAGGUCAUGAGCUGGAAUCAAGCCCCUGUUUAUGGGUCGCCUGCUCACCAGUUGAGCUAUCUGGGUGCCCUUCUUUGGCAAUGUUUGUCUUAACUGGGAAAACAUGAGAAAUUGUUUCAGCCAGAUGAAUGUGAUCCUGAUUAGCAUAAUAGACAUCUGGAAAAAAAAUCAGGCUUCCUGUUUGGCAGCAUGCAAAAUGAAAAAAUUCUCACCCCAGUGUCCACAUGGUAGUAUAACAUUUGAGCUGUCGGCUACAUGUGGCCAGAGCAGCAGUACACUGGGACAGAACUAGAGCUUAAAUAGGGACUGGAGGUUUUAUUGUCAUAUUCAGGAGACCCUGAGGUGGACCCAGAUCAGAUGGGAUCCCCCAGGAGGAGCUGGGAAAGAAGAGGGGUGUCAGGACGAACCAACUGUGGAUAAACAGCAGAAAGGUGGUGAUGAUGCAACAGCCACAGCAAUAGUAGAAAAAAAAAAAGGGGGGGGGGUGUUAAUAACAUUCCUAACGUUCCUCAGCAGGUGAUUUUGCAUCUUCAUGUGUAGAGACUGGAAAAAAGCAUCCCGCGACUUUCCUAACAGCUGCUACUGAAGUGUUGCUGUACCUUAAUAUGCCAAAAAAAAAAAAUCUUAAUUAGCAAACUGGCACCUAAAUCUGAAUGUUUCGCAUUGCCAAAUCCUCCUAAAUCACUCAUGUGCCACUUUAGCCGUUUGUAUCAGUGGUUCUUGCAGGAGGCCCAAAACAGUCUUCAAAAGUUUUACUGAACAGACUGUAAUCUGCUUGUUCCAAGUCUCUGCAGAACUGUCCAACAUUUGCAACACACAGCUUCAAGUGGCAGGACUUCGUCUCUGUAAAUAUGUGGUUUUAGAAAUGAAUCAGAUUUAUAGAGGACAGAACCAGGAAGCAGACUGCACAUUUCACUUCCUCCUCCCAUGCCAGCCAGUCAUAUUUUCUGUAGUUCAGAUUCCUGAGUUGGACUGCACAGUAAAUCUGACAGUUUGUGAAGCAGAUCGGUUGUUAAAGGAACAUUGUGUUUUUUCCAAUCAGAUAUAACAACACUGUACUCAUUGGGAUAUUCCUGAGACUAACGAACAUGUUCAACAGGGUACAAAUACAAACUAAAACCCCCCAAAACAUGCACGUUUGCUGUUCCACUGUUUAACUGAUCUAGGCAGAAAUGGAGUCACAAGACAGUUUCU